AUGUCCGAUACACACCUUGCGGAGAAGACCCACCACGUCCUCGAGACGACACGAUCAGCACGGUCGGGCGAUGGCCACCAUGCCGAAAAGGGCCAUGCGCACCACAUCCUCUCCGACGUCGAAGUCGAGCACCAGCUCGAGGAGAUGGGCUACAAGCAGGAGAUGAAGCGUUCGCUUGGCAUGGUCGCCGUUCUCGGUCUGUCAUUCGCCAUCAUGGCUGUCCCAUUUGGAACUUCCACAACACUCAACAUUGCCCUCACCGACGGUGGACCCGUGACGAUUCUCUACGGCUGGACCUUUGUAUCGCUCGUUUCGUUGGCCAUGGCGGCAUCGCUUGCUGAAAUUUGCUCUGUUUACCCAACUUCCGGUGGCGUCUACUACUGGGCGGCCAUGCUUUCCACACCAAAGUACUCGGCAUUCUCGUCAUACCUCACCGGUUGGCUCGGCACCGUGGGCAACUGGACUGUCACUGCUUCCAUCAACUUUGGCGGCGCACAGCUCAUCCUCGCUGCGGUUACCUUGUUCCACGAGGACUACGUGCCCACAGCAUGGCAGACUGUCCUCGUCUACUGGGCCGCACUCAUCGGCGCCUUCCUCAUCAACCUGUACGGAAACAGGCACCUUGAGAUGCUCAACACUGUUUGCCUCUACUGGACUGCUGCUGCGGUCAUCAUGAUCAUCGUUACCCUGCUCGCAACUGCCAAGACCGGCCGCCACUCUGGUGCAUAUGCCUUCUCUCACUUUGACGCCUCGUUCUCUGGCUGGCCGAACGGAUGGGCCUUCUUCGUCGGUCUCCUGCAGGCCGCAUACACUCUCACCGGUUACGGAAUGGUCGCCGCACUGUGCGAGGAGGUCAAGGAGCCCCAGAUCGAGGUGCCCAGGGCCAUGGUCUUUUCGGUCAUUGCCGCUGGCAUCACUGGCCUUGUCUACCUCCUUCCCAUCAUCUUCGUGCUGCCCGACAUUGAGCCCCUGCUCAACGUCGCGUCGCUCCAGCCCAUGCCCUUGCUGUACAAGACUGUCACCGGUUCCGCUGCCGGUGCCAUGGGUCUCCUCACGCUCAUCCUCGGUAUCUGGUUCUUCGCCGCUGUCGGUUCCCUCACCGCUGCUUCCCGCUGCACGUGGGCGUUCUCGCGUGACGGUGGCAUUCCCUUCUCGCACUGGUGGAAGACUGUCAACCCCAAGUACGAUGUCCCUAUCCCCGCGCUUGGCCUUUCGACCAUUGUCUGCGCGCUUCUCGGUCUCAUCUACCUCGGUUCGUCGGCCGCCUUCAACGCCUUCACUGGUGUCGCCACCAUCUGCCUUGGCUGCUCGUACGCGUUCCCCGUGCUCUGCUCUCUCCUCCGUCGUCGCGAGCAGGUCAAGGACGCCCCCUUCUCUCUCGGCAAGUUUGGUUACGUCAUCAACAUCACCACUGUUAUCUGGAUCACGUUCUCGAUCCUCCUCUUCUGUUUCCCCACUGCCAUCCCCGUCACCCCGACGUCGAUGAACUAUGCCUCGGUCGUGUUCGCAGGCUUCUCGCUCAUUGCCGGUAUCUGGUACCUCGUCAACGCGCGCAAGCAUUACAAGGGCCCCAUGGUCUCGCAGCACCGCAACGAGCAGGCGCCUGUGCACCACACCUAA